ACACUGUCGCCACCCUCUGAGCUCAUGACUGACUUGUCUUUAAAAACAGCCUGCAGAAAAUCGUUGUGUAUUUCGCAGAGAAGAAAGUCUUGACUACAGUCAUCAUGGCAAGAACAAAGCAGACCGCUCGUAAAUCCACCGGAGGCAAAGCGCCCAGGAAGCAGCUCGCUACUAAAGCUGCCCGUAAGAGCGCCCCAGCCACCGGCGGUGUGAAGAAGCCUCAUCGUUACAGGCCCGGUACCGUAGCGCUGAGAGAAAUCCGCCGCUAUCAGAAGUCUACUGAGCUGCUGAUCCGUAAGCUGCCUUUCCAGCGUCUGGUGAGAGAAAUCGCCCAGGACUUCAAGACUGAUCUGCGCUUCCAGAGCUCCGCCGUCAUGGCCCUGCAGGAGUCUAGCGAAGCUUAUUUGGUCGGCUUGUUUGAAGACACCAACCUGUGCGCCAUCCACGCCAAGAGGGUCACCAUCAUGCCCAAAGACAUCCAGCUGGCCCGCCGCAUUCGUGGAGAGCGCGCUUAAACUCAAUACUCUACCAUCAACCACAAAGGCUCUUUUAAGAGCCACCACA